AUGAAUGAUCAUCCACAGCAAGUCUCAUUACAAGCGAGUGUGGGAGAAUCACACAUCAGGUUAUUACAAAGUAAGAAUACAAAGAAUCUAUCAAUAUCUAUAAAAACUAAGGAUGAUGACAAUUUAAUAGGGACAACAAUAACAGGAAAGAAUAUUGUAACUACGAAUGAUAAUUGUAAAAAUAUAGCGACCCCCAUAAAUUCUACUGGGGCACAUAUACAGAUAGCAACAAGACCAUCUUUACUAAUAAGAAGAAGUGAGGCAUCUUUAUAUUCUGCUUCAUUAGCGAGAUCGCUUAAUGGUACAUCUGGUAUACAGAAAUCAAGUAUUAAUCAUUUCAUUUCUCCAACUUCUAAAAUGCAUAACAUUAACCCUAUACACUUACCUAAAUACAAUUCUGCCACACUUUCAAUAAAUACACAAUUUCUAAAUACUUGUCCCAGAGGUAGGUCUCGGACUAUUGAUACUUCUACACCAUUAUCUAAAGAUAACUUAAGUAUUAUUGAAACACAGUCACAGUCAAAUCAACAAAUCAUACAAUCAAACCAAAAGGCAAGAAAUACUACAUGGAUGUUUCCAGAUGCUACUAAUAAAGCACCUUGUACUGUAACAGCAAAUUCAGAUUCAACUAGUAAGAGCCACAAUAAUGUAGAUACACCAGUAUACGAAAAUGUUGAUGUUAAAAAUGCAUAUCCUAAUGGACCACUCUUGGUUAUUCCACCUAGUAUAUAUUUAUAUUCUGAACCUAGUUUAAAUGAAAUUUUGAAUUUUGAUCUGAUUAUUAAUGUUGCUGAAGAGGUCCCUAGUUUACAGUAUAGGAUCCCACCAGAGUUUUAUGGGAAAAUAGAGUAUUACCACGUAGAGUGGUCUCAUCAUUCAAAAAUAGUGAAGGAUUUGAACAAAUUAACAGAUCUUAUGCAUAAGGCAGCACUUCAAAAUAAAAAAAUUUUAAUACAUUGCCAAUGUGGCGUUUCUAGAUCCGCUUCACUAAUGGUUGCAUAUAUCAUGCGAUAUUGUAAUAUGAAUCUCAAUGAUGCUUAUAAUAAAUUGAAAUCAAUUGCUAAGGAUAUUAGUCCCAAUAUGGGGUUAAUUUUUCAAUUGAUGGAAUGGAGUGAAAAGUUGAGUAUUAUCAAGGAUGAUAAUGAUGAUAUGACCGUAACCCAGGAAAAUGGGGAGAAUAAAAUCAUUGGUAAAGAUGUUAGUAACGAUAGUUCUAUUAAUAUGUCAUUGGAGUUGACACCAAAGACGCCAUUUGAACUCAAUAGUGAUCAUAACCUUACUACAUUGGAUAUUAAAUGA